UUCCCAGAAGGGAAUGGGAGGAACUAAAGAUUCAGGGAACUGAUGUUCAAGGAGCUGGGGGAUGUGUUUUCCUGUUGCCCCCAGUACUAUUUAAGUUGAGCUUGAGGUCCAAGAAGUAUCUGGGAGGUUUUUGUUGUGUUCUGGUGUUUUUAUUUGCCAUAGGCUGGUUGAGUGGCAACAUGGGGAGCGAUUUCAGCAAGGGCAUCUGCUGCGUGACUUGUGGGACAUGUAAUAAAGAGGCGGCGGAGGAAGCAAAUGAAGAGAUCAGUGAGACCAAGCCAAUUUUGCAGACCUUGGGGGAAAUGCCGAUGUGCAUCGAUAAGCAGCCUUCCAAACCAGCCCUGGAAGCCUCUAAACAAGGCUUUGAAGAGGUGCAGUCGCUGAGCCAGGACCGAUGGCCAUUGGCUGACGCUGAGGAGGUGAACAUGGAGACUUGCUCUGCUGCAGGUCCCAUGGGAACGACUGAGGGAUGGGCGGCAGCCUGGGACUGCACAGACUCGUUGGUGACCCCUGCAGAUGGUGAGAACAAAGGAGAAGUUAAGGCUUUAACUCAAGUAGACAACCAGCAAGAGAAAGAGAACAUGGGUAACGCGGAAGAGAAAACAACGGCUGUGUCUGAGGCCCAGCCUGCUGCACACGCAGCUCGGGGUGCUACGCUUUGUGCAGACAAAGGGCAGCGUGAUGACCAGGCAGCGGCUGGCAGUGAGGGCAGCGCCUGUGCUGGAAUUACUCUCCAAGAAAGACAUAUUCUCAGCUUCAUAGAAAUCGUGAGUGAAACUGCAGCUGGCCAAGACUGUGAGAUCGAGCCUCCUGCAGAGACCCGAGAGAGUCUUGCAGGAAGGAACUUGCCACUAUGUUCUCUGCAGAUGCCAGAGGAGACCGAGACCUCCCUUUCUGCUGAGCAUGUGGAGAUGGGCAGGGCUGAUCUUGCUGAAAUAAGCCCUCAACUUGCUAAGAGUGCUGAGCUUACAUCUCUGGCUGAGACAGCAUUCCUACUGGGUGUGCAGGCCGCACAGAAGGCCAGCAAGACAGCGGAUCCUUCGGAAGGCACAGCAAAUGGUAUGGCUGAGGCGUACUCUACUGGUGCAAUGCCCUGGGAUUCCUUCUAUCCAGAAGGGGAAUCUCUAGAGCCAGCAAACCUGCUGCUUGACUUCUUAGAGCAAGAGACCCAGUCUGGUGUGCCAGCUGCGCAGGAGAUGGAGAGCGGGCGCUGUGCAGAGCCUGCGGAACCCAGUGCGGUUCUAUACCAGCCAAGCGAUGGAGGCCCCCGUGAACUGGAGCAGGAGGAGAGCAGGGAAAGUGAGGCAGAAACUGCAGCAAGUGAGGCAGAAACUGCAGCAAGUGAGUCAAAGCUGCAGCCCGGGAUCAUGGAACAAACAGCAAAGCCUCCAGAGGAACCACCAGCUUGUGUUGGCGUAGCUGUGAAGCAAGAAGCCGAGUUCCUAGAUCUGGCACCCUUGCUAGCUGAAGUGCUUUGGAGUAGCGGAGAAAUAGAGGCUGAAGAUGCUGAAGCUCGAGAGACCUGAGGAUCAAAUGGCUUGGUGUCUAAUGCUGGUUUCAGUGGCGAGGUCAAUGUACCUGCUUUUAGGAAUUUCAGCUACAGGAAGCUAUGAACUCAAGCUGUUUAACUUGGGAUUUUUCAAAGCGUGUCCUGGACUUCAGCGAGCAGUCUUGCUAAACAGAGAUGUGACGUAUGCAGUAGACCUUUCCAGAUAUUCUCCUGACUUAUACUUCAGUCAUAGUUCUGUUUCUUAUUUUCAGUACCUGUUUUUUUGAUUGACUUUAACAGUGAUUUCACUGAACUAAGGUUGGGCUCUGUCUUCCCUGGUGUGGUACGGUGAUGUGAGGUUUCAUCUCUUAGUCCUAAGAGUAUGGGAAUGGAGCAGACAAAUGCUCCUCUAAGCUACCACAGCCAGGUGUUUUCUGUGAGGUUACAGCCACUUCUCUUGCUACCUCAAAACAAUCAAGUGUUUGAACUACCUCCCUGCAUACUUCUCCUGUACAUGUGGUAGUCCCUGGUUUAUUAUUACUAUUGAACAAAUAUUUUCACAGGAAGGUGAUGAAAUACUAAUUGUGGUCUGUUCUUUGUAUCUCUUGUAACGGUGGAAGCAUUCAUGUAAUCUGUACUGCUUAUGCAGAAGUUAAAGAAAUGUAAUCUUGAUCAGAAUGCAUAAGUCAGUGUAUUGUAGCUUAAAUCUACUGACUUUUAAUGUUCCUAACUUUGUACUACCAAUAAAAUAUUUUAAGAUCAUGGCAAACCCCAUGUUCUGAAGAUGUUUUAAUUGUGGAGUGUUAACGAGAGCAUAGAACAUGACUGAAACUAUGCUGUGCCUAUUCAUGUCGAAGGAGAAAUGCUGAUAUUAAACAAUGGGUUUCUUGGGCCUGAAAGAAGAGGGGAAGCUGUUAAAUAAAAACAUUUCUGCAAAGCUUACUGAGGACUCAUCUUAUUAAACUUGCUCGGCUGGCUUGAUUUGUUCUGCCAAAAGUCACACAGCCCUCUCUGUUAAUGCUGUGUGCAAGGCUGCCUUGCAGGGAACUGGGCGAGCUAACUGCUUUUCUUUCUCCCAGUCUCCCCAGUAACAAAACGUCACUGCAGGCAGGCGAGAGGCUUCAGUAGGCAGCCCUAAGAGAAAUCAGA